CAACACUCAGUGCUACUCUAGCUGGUGUUCGGGGAGGUAGUGCUGCUAAAUAGCGCUCGUGCCGUUAGUUUUAUACUUCACGCUAUUACUAGUAGUUCAUAAAUUCUGUUGUAAGAUUUUAUAUUUAAUUUAUAACCAUUAUGUGCCAACUUUCAAAUUACUGUAGAAAUUGAAUAUAAUAAGUCUUAAAAGAUAGAAAGUUUAGCGCAUAACUUAUACCAAAAAUGGGUCGUAAGAGUGGCAAGAAGGAACAACAACCCAUGUUUCAAACAUAUAAGAUUGUGGUCGUUGGUGGUGGAGGUGUAGGGAAAUCUGCAAUCACCAUCCAAUUCAUACAGAGCUACUUCGCCACGGACUAUGAUCCUACGAUAGAAGACUCUUACACCAAACAAUGUCUUAUCGACGAUGUCGUCGCCAAACUUGACAAGCGGCGCUGCUCUCCCCCUGCCCUCUGCCUAGCUUUGCCCUCUACCCAACCCUACCCUCUACCCAACCCUGCCCUCUACCCAGCCCUACCCUCUGCCCUGCUCUACCCUCUACCCAGCCCUACCCUUUACCCAGCCCUACCCUCUACCCAGCCCUACCCUCUGCCCUGCUCUAACCUCAAUUUCCCUCGUUUCGCUGCCGUGUCAGUAGAGGAGGUGGAGACACUAGCCCGGCAGCUCAAGAUCCCCUACAUCGAGUGCUCGGCCAAGAUCCGCGUCAACGUCGACCAGUGCUUCCACGAGCUCGUCAAAAUCGUACGCAGAUUUCAAGAAGCUGAUCGACCUCCCGCCAAGUACACUAAUUCCAACAAGAAAAACUGUGUUAUACUCUGAGGCUCAUCCAACCCUGAAGUGCAUUUAAAAAAAAUUACUCCGCAUCAGGAUCUUUACUGCAGCUUAACUUGCAUCAAGCAAACGAGCACUGGAUGCAAUUUUUUCACUGGAUGCAAGUAUCGACUCCUGCUACAUUUCAUCUCUGGCUGUUGUUCGCAUUUCAUUCUAUGAUUCUUUUUUAAAUAAGCCAACAAUAAAUGUUUUUGUUUUUUUGGAUAUCAACUACGAAGUGACUGUGAAUUGAAGUGCAAUAAUGUGACAAAAAUGAGAAAGCUCACUUCUGGUGAUUUAUUUUAGGCUUUGUUGGCAGUCUCGUACGAUCAAAAGUUUCUGAACCUGUAGUCAUCGUAAUUUUGAACCUGAAGAGCUAGUUGAAACCUCUAUUUAUUCACGAACUAACUGUUAACAGGGGAGAUGAAUGCCCAUGGAUAACAAAACAACAUGAAGUAUUUAAUCAAAAGUUAUUGCUCAAUUGAGUAAUUCGUAACUACAAUAAUAAUACUGACCAGGAUUGAUCUGAACACUUGCAAGAAGUGCUAUGUCUUCUUACUUUGUGUUGGUGAGCUCACGCCUUCCGACUAGCAACAUUCUAGCAAUUGUCAUGUUAUCUUUGAAGAAAAGAUACGUAAAUUACUAGUUUCUAUCAAUGUAAUAAUACUUGCUGACGCAUAUUCGCUGAAACUUGCACGAAAUUUAUUUACGUAUUGUAUUUAAAAAUUAUCAAUGGCUUAGAAUCUAAAAACUCGGUACAAAAUUCUACUAAUAGAUUCACAAUUUUCUAUUCUUAACUUCAAAGCUUUUACUUAAGUUAUUGGUGCCAAUAUAGUCUGUAUUUGAUAAUUUCUUUUAUGAACAAAAAUUAGAAGGUAAUGUAUGUUGAUUGCAUGGCAUCCAUCUGGUGACUCAACGUUUCUGAAAAGGGGAAUUAUUACUUAUCAAAUUAACCUAGGGUGGCUUGCCAAAUCUAUGAUUUGUCAUUUAUAUGCCAUAAAUUUUUCUUAUACGAUACACUUCAACCGAUUCUUAUCAUAACGUUUAUUUUGAUGCUAAUCACAACAGAAGUUUGGUUAAUCACAAAGUGUUAGAUUUCACUCUCUAUUUGUCUGUGUCUUGCAUUUUUAAUCUUGUAACAUAAAUCAAAAUUCCAUCUUUUAAAAUGUCUUCUUUGUAAAGGAACCGUCAGUGUUAUUUAUCUCUGAGCAGCUACGGUAGGAAGCAGUGAAGCUCUGAUUGAUAUUAAUUAGCAGCUAAUAAAGAAGAUCUGAUAUCUUUGCUAAUCCAUGCGAAGAACUCUACGCCCAACCACAUUGUGUUCGCUAACCUAUUAUUAUUUUCUCUUAUUACUUAACGUGUGUGUGGUCAGAGAAAUGUAUCCGUGAUACUGUUGAUUUGUUGGCUGUUGUGCCUCGCAAGUAACGUGCCCUUUGAUUGUUGCCUUCGUCAGUUGACCAAGUUUAAGUGUUAAGGUUGUAAUUCUUCGUUUAAUUCGAGCAGAUCUGAUGUAGUUAAUAAUGAAGUAGUGAGAAGACUGUGAGAGACAGCGUGUGAAUUCGAUGACGAGUUUUAGGUACCUUCUCGUGUAGCAUUGGUGCAGACACAGAAGCCUGCUGCUAAUAUAUAUUAAACGCAACUGAAGUUUAAGUAUUUGAUUGUGCAAAAGUAUUUUGGUUUGUCUUAAGUGUGGCUCUAUUUAUAAGUCUGAAACGUCAAUGGGUUUCUGGAAAAUUAGACAGGAAAAUUCUCGGAAGAAGAUGGGAAUACAUUUUUGCAUUUUAAUGGAAAGGGGUAAAAAUACUAUUUAUAGAUUUAAAUAGGGAAAUAAAGUGCUUGUAGUUAAGAAAUUGAUUGCACAUUUUGUUAAAAUUCGGCGUGAGUACCAUAGUUUAUUGGAAAUAAUUUUGUAUUGAUUCUAGCUAAUGAAUAUCCUCGUGAGCUGCAAAAUAAUCCUUGGUUUACAGUUUAAUCAUCGCUUCAAACACUGAAAAUUGAGGCCCGGCGAACACUGUUAUUCGAAUUAUUAGAAACCUUUUUCAAUUCGUUAAGUUCACCAUAGUUGCUGUUCUCUUUUGAAUGGCAACGUUUGUCCUCGUAUACACAAAAUCUAUUCAGGAUAUGAGAAAGGCACAACGAGGAAAAGGUUUUUGCUGGACGAUUAGCUUCGAAAAUGCGAAGUUGCAUGGAAUCAAGUAGUUCAUAAAUAUUCGCUGAUGCUAUUGAUAUUGAAUAUGCGUUGUCAUUAAUUUACCGAGACAUCGCAAUAUCGGGCGUUCUAUUAAUUUCUUUGUUAUCCUCCCACGGCAAUAAAGACUGUCUGGAAAGAUUUAGGAAGAUCUCCUGAAUUUUUCCAGGAGUGCAUUUUACUUUUGACGAAUUUCGGAGUCAACUGCGAUCGAGAUAAUAAUGUGCCUUAACAUAACAUAACAUAAUUUCUGACGUAAGAAUUGACUUCGUCACAAGGAUAAAAAUAGAACAUUAAUUAGUGUAACACAGUCGAGGCAACUUUAUUAUAAAUCAAAUUCCAUAAUUGCUUAUCAGCAGCUAGAUAGUAAUUUCGGUAUUUUGUACAAUUCUUUUAACGAGCUAUGUAUCCUUAGCGUCUGAGGUGUGAAUUGUAAUUUUAGUUUACAUACACGAAAUUACACAUAUGAGUACGUAUUGUCCCGCCAUUUGCUAUUAAUGUUAGUUUAUUUACUGUAUAAAUUUUGUCCAGCGUUCGGAAUGCAGUUUGGUGUCGAAAUAAUAUUUUUAAAGCCUGGGUUGAGUGAAAACUUCUGAGUACCUAUAUCCCUAUUGAGAUCGUUUUGUCAUUCUUAAUUUUAUACAACAUUUGUGGACUUGCCCAAACUGGAGAAUAUUAUACAAAUUGGGAGGCGACAAUUAACUCAUCUUGUGAUUUCAUUGCUAAAUUUGACACAAAUUCAGGUUCUACAAUUUCUAACUGAUUUUCUGUCGAAUUGCUGUAAUUUACCUGAAAAUAAACAGCAAAUAUACAUAGAGUUUACCAAUCAUUUAAAAACUUAUACUCUCAAGUGCACUAAGAAACGCUUCAGUAUUUUAAUAUAAUUUCGACUCAAAACUCUGCCAAGCCCAAGUUAAAUUUUUCAUCUCUAGCGAUUGCUUAACGAAUACUACAUCGCUGUGUUCUACUUGGCCAUUCUUGUGAACGAAAUUAGGAUGUUUCCUCAGAAUUUGUGCAAUGUCUAGCAUAUCCAGCCCACUGAUCUGAUAGGUCAUGAAAAUUAAUACCUAAUUUACUAGUGUUUGUUGUAAUGUACGUUCCUUAGUGUGAAUGUGGUACAAUAAAAUUAUAUGUACGUAGGUAUAGCAGUUGUCUUCCAUCGCUGAAAUGCGGUUACUAAAAUCUUACUCUAACAAUUAUUGAUGUCUUAUAUGUAUUAAAAUCCCACCUCAACUAUUGCCCUUACCGGUACUCUAGAAUAUCGGGAAAACCUCAGUGACGAGAUUGGACCAUUUGAAUUUUGUCGCAAAUUUACAACUCAGAUUUUUCCAAUGAUAACUGAACAUUGCUUAUAAAGGGCCAUUCUUGAAUGAAAAUUCAAGAUUGUUUAAAAUGCCUGGCUUGAAUGAAAAUUUA